AUGCGUAUAUAUAACCAACCACACUCUGUUGUUGUGUGUUUUCUUGAUUCAACCAGAGCCUCUCAGACCAUAUCCCAACACCCAUUAGAUAACAACCCCACAUUUCACCAAUCACUUUCACUCUUUUUGUCUCAAUUUGAAUAUACUACUUGUAUACAUAUACAUAUACAUAUAUAUUUUUAAUUGUGUUGUUGGAUAAAUGGAGGACGGUUUUGAGAAUCCGGCUGCCGGAAAGUUCAACGAUACCGACGAAGACGGAGUCGGCGAAGAAAUGGAAGAAGUUGGAGAGGAGAGGGAGAUUGGAAAAGAUGGGUUGAUGAAGAAGAUUAUUAAGGAAGGUGAUGGGUAUGAAGGACCCAUUAAUGGGGAUGAGGUUGAAGUUCACUAUGUGGGAAGUUUGCUCGAUGGAACUCGGUUUGAUUCAAGCUACGAUCGGGAGAUGCCGUUUAAGUUCAAGCUCGGGCUUGGACAUGUGAUCCAAGGAUGGGAUGAUGGUAUCAAGACGAUGAAAAAAGGCGAAAAGGCCCUUUUCACAAUACCUCCUGCACUCGCGUAUGGUGAAUCCGGAUCGCCACCAACCAUCCCCCCUAACGCAACACUUCAGUUUGAAAUCGAGUUGAUAUCAUGGACCAAAGUGAAAGAUAUAUGCAAAGAUGGAGGUAUUUUGAAAACAAUAUUGUCUGAAGGAGAGAAUUGGCAGACUCCUAAAGAUUCAGAUGAAGUUCUAGUCAAGUAUGAGGCCCGGCUUGAUGAUGGAACCUUAGUUUCAAAAUCUGAGGAAGUUGAGUUCAUUGUGAAGGAUGGGUGUUUCUGUCCUGCUUUGUCAAAGGCUGUGAAAACUAUGAAGAAAGGAGAAAAAACUCUCCUUACUGUGAAGCCACAAUAUGCAUUCGGGGAGAAAGGCAGGGAACCCGCUGGUGGCAAUGAAUGUGUUGUGCCACCAAACACUGCCCUUCAAAUAACACUCGAGUUAGUUUCAUGGAAAACUGUUUCUGAGGUUACAACGGAUAAUAAGGUUUUAAAGAAAAUCUUGAAAGAGGGAGAAGGUUAUGACCGUCCAAAUGAUGGUGCAGUCGUUCAAGUGAAACUGAUCGGGAAACUCCAAGAUGGAACUGUGAUUUUGAAGAAAGGGUAUGAUGAGGUACCAUUUGAAUUCAAAAUAGAUGAAGAACAAGUCAUUGAUGGGCUUGAUAGAGGUGUAAAGACCAUGAAGAAGGGUGAAGUUUCAUUACUAACUAUUCAUCCGGAAUAUGCAUUUGGUUCAACCGAAUCACAUCAAGAAUUUGCUACCGUUCCUGCAAAUUCUACCGUCUGUUAUGAUGUUGAGUUGAUUUCAUUUGAAAAGGAAAAAGACUUGUGGGAACUAACUACACAAGAAAAGAUUGAAGCUUCUGGGAGAAAGAAAGAAGAAGGCAAUACCCUUUUCAAGAAGCAAAAAUACGAGAGGGCUUCCAAGAGAUACGAGAAGGCUCUUAGUUUCAUCGAAUACGAUUCUGCAUUCACUGACGACGAAAAACAGCAGGCCAAACUGCUGAAAGUCAGCUGCAAUCUGAACAAUGCGGCCUGCAAACUGAAACUAAGAGACUACAAACAAGCGGUAAAGCUCUGCACCAAGGUAUUAGAUGCUGACAGCAAGAAUGUUAAAGCACUUUACAGGCGAGCCCAAGCAUGCAUUCAGCUAGUGGAUUUGGAUCUUGCAGAAAUGGAUAUCAAGAAAGCGCUCGAAAUUGAUCCCGAUAAUAGGGAUGUGAAGUUGGAGUACAAACUAUUGAGGGAAAAGGUGAAGGAGUAUAACAAGAAAGACGCGCAAUUUUAUGGCAAUAUAUUCGCGAAAAUGAACAGAGUGGAGCACCUUAAUUCUGCUAAUGGAGUGAGAAAGCAGGACGUUGGGCCCAUGACGAUUGAUAGCAAGGCGUGAUAACUAAAUUUUGUGUCGCGUUUUUUUUUUAAUCUCUAAUCAUGGUGGAUAACUAAUAACCCGUAUAUCUAUUAAUACAAUUACAAGUGCUUAGCUAGGUGAGGUUUCCUGAUGAGAUUUUGUAGUGUAGUUGAGAAACUUAUGGAAGUUGAUUAGAAAUAAUAACUUGCCAUUUUAUAUGAAUCUUCCAAUAAGAAUUGUGUUAACUGUCC